UCAAAACAAACAUUUUUUUCCACAUUUUUGUUUCUGUGCUGUGUGACCGAUAAUUAAAAAACAAAUUGCCGGAACGCCAAGAAUUUAUUCAGGCUGACUGCCUUGUGCCAAAGCCUCAAGAAGCAAGUUUUUAGCUCCCCCGAAGAAAUACUACGAAAUACUGCAACAAAAUAAGCAACGCAACCUCAGCCAUGCCGGACUGGCCAGCCUCUCCUGCUAACUGAGAGUCCAGGUUGCUCCUGGGAAAACUUACAGAAAGGUUUUCCCCUCUCUCGCUCUCUGAACGAUGGACAACCUUUCGGUUUCGGCCGCUGUGGCUGGUUUUGCCUCCGAUUCAGGCGGCUCCAGCUCCAAUCCCAAUCCCAACUCCAAUGCGAACCCAAACUCUGGCUAUCCGCAUGACAUAUCCGCCACGGAGGUGCUGUACCAGUGGAGUGCCAAUGCCGUGUCCGCCUCUGUUGCAUCCGCAGCCUCGGCUGCCUCCCGCCUCGCCGCCGCCCCCUCAGCCAGCCUGCCGCCGGAUAUCGCCGUGGGUGGUGAUCCUCCGGGCAUCCUGCACCUGCUGCAUCCCACUGAGGUGGCCGCCAACGAGUCCGGUCGCUUCAACCUGCUCGACUACGGCAUGGGCAUCAAUGUGAACAUGAAUCUGAACUCCAGCGAGGGCUAUGACGACUAUAGCAACUACCAGCAGUCCAUGGGGAUGGCCGGCGGAGGAGGAUGCCGGCAGAUGGAGGGGAACAUGAGCUACUGGAACCUCACCUGCGAUUCCCCGCUGGACUAUGCCCUGCCGCUGUACGGCUACUGUAUGCCCUUCCUCAUGAUCAUCACCAUUAUCUCGAACACGCUGAUCGUGCUGGUGCUGAGCAAGAAGAGCAUGGCCACGCCCACCAACUUUGUGCUAAUGGGCAUGGCUAUAUGCGAUAUGCUGACGGUUAUAUUUCCGGCCCCCGGCCUCUGGUACAUGUACACAUUCGGCAAUCACUAUAAGCCCCUGCAUCCGGUCUCCAUGUGUCUGGCCUACAGUAUUUUCAAUGAGAUUAUGCCAGCCAUGUGCCACACCAUCUCCGUUUGGCUAACUCUGGCCCUCGCCGUGCAAAGGUACAUCUACGUGUGCCACGCCCCCAUGGCCAGGACGUGGUGCACAAUGCCGCGGGUGAAGCGCUGCACCGCCUACAUCGCCCUGCUGGCCUUCCUGCACCAGUUGCCGCGGUUCUUCGACCGCACCUACAUCCCCAUGGAGAUCGAGUGGAACGGCGAGGAGACGGAGGUGUGCCACCUGGAGACGUCGCUGUGGGUGCACGAGUACAUUGGCGUGGACCUGUACUACACCAGCUACUACCUGUUCCGCGUGCUGUUCGUCCACCUGCUGCCGUGCAUCAUUUUGGUGACCCUGAACAUCCUGCUGUUCGCGGCCAUGAGGCAGGCGCAGGAGCGGCGCAAGCUGCUCUUCCGGGAGAACCGGAAGAAGGAGUGCAAGAAGCUGAGGGAGUCCAACUGCACCACCCUGAUGCUGAUCGUGGUCGUGUCGGUGUUCCUGCUGGCCGAGAUACCCAUUGCCGUGGUCACCGUGAUGCACAUUGUGAGCUCCCUGAUUAUCGAGUUCCUGGACUACGGCUUGGCCAACAUCUGCAUCCUGCUGACGAACUUCUUCCUGGUGGUCAGCUAUCCGAUCAACUUUGGCAUCUACUGCGGCAUGUCGCGCCAGUUCCGCGAGACCUUCAAGGAGAUCUUCCUCGGCCGGCUGGUGGCCAAGAAGGACAGCUCCGCCAAGUACUCGAUUGUGAACGGUGCCCGCACCUGCACCAACACCAACGAGACGGUCCUCUAGUAAUUGGUGCUGUUGGUGCCGCGGCGUGGCAGCAGCGACCACCGGC